AUGCUGCGCACCGCCGCGCUCGCCGCCCGCCUCGGCCCGCGCCUGGGCCGCCGCCUGCUGUCGGCCGCCGCCACCCAGGCCGUGCCGUCGCCCAACCAGCAGCCCGAGGUCUUCUACAAUCAGAUCUUCAUAAAUAAUGAAUGGCAUGAUGCCGUCAGCAAGAAGACGUUUCCUACCGUCAAUCCAUCCACAGGAGAGGUCAUCUGUCAGGUGGCCGAAGGGAACAAGGAAGAUGUGGACAAGGCAGUGAAGGCUGCCCGCACGGCCUUCCAGCUUGGCUCGCCUUGGCGCCGCAUGGAUGCCUCUGACCGGGGCCGGCUGCUGUACCGCCUGGCUGACCUGAUUGAGCGGGACCGGACCUACCUAGCGGCCUUGGAGACCCUGGACAACGGCAAGCCCUAUGUCAUCUCCUACCUGGUGGAUUUGGACAUGGUCCUGAAAUGUCUCCGCUACUACGCUGGUUGGGCCGACAAGUACCAUGGGAAAACCAUCCCUAUCGAUGGCGACUUUUUCAGUUACACUCGCCACGAGCCCGUGGGGGUGUGUGGGCAGAUCAUUCCGUGGAAUUUCCCACUCCUGAUGCAAGCGUGGAAGCUGGGCCCGGCCUUGGCGACGGGGAACGUGGUUGUGAUGAAGGUUGCGGAGCAGACACCGCUCACCGCCCUGUACGUGGCCAACUUGAUCAAGGAGGCUGGCUUCCCCCCUGGCGUGGUCAAUAUUAUUCCUGGAUUCGGCCCCACGGCUGGGGCCGCCAUUGCCUCCCAUGAGGAUGUGGACAAAGUUGCAUUCACAGGCUCCACCGAGGUUGGCCACCUGAUCCAGGUUGCUGCAGGGAGCAGCAACCUCAAGAGAGUGACCCUGGAGCUGGGGGGAAAGAGCCCCAACAUCAUCAUGUCAGAUGCUGAUAUGGACUGGGCCGUGGAGCAGGCCCACUUUGCCCUGUUCUUCAACCAGGGCCAGUGCUGCUGUGCCGGCUCCCGGACCUUCGUGCAGGAGGACGUCUAUGCAGAGUUCGUGGAGCGGAGCGUCGCCCGAGCCAAGUCUCGAGUGGUGGGGAACCCCUUUGACAGCCAGACCGAGCAGGGCCCACAGGUGGAUGAAACUCAGUUUAAGAAGAUCCUUGGCUACAUCAACUCGGGGAAGCAAGAGGGAGCCAAGCUGUUGUGUGGUGGAGGUGCUGCUGCUGACCGGGGUUACUUCAUCCAGCCCACCGUAUUUGGAGAUGUGCAAGAUGGCAUGACCAUUGCAAAGGAGGAGAUCUUCGGACCAGUGAUGCAGAUCCUGAAGUUCAAGACCAUAGAGGAGGUUGUCGGGAGAGCCAACAAUUCCAAGUACGGGCUGGCUGCAGCUGUCUUCACGAAGGACUUGGACAAAGCCAAUUACCUGUCUCAAGCCCUCCAGGCUGGCACCGUGUGGGUCAACUGCUAUGAUGUAUUUGGAGCCCAGUCCCCAUUUGGUGGCUAUAAAAUGUCGGGCAGUGGCCGGGAGCUGGGGGAGUAUGGCCUGCAGGCGUAUACUGAAGUAAAGACGGUCACCAUCAAAGUGCCUCAGAAGAAUUCAUAAAGAACCUUGCCAGCUUCCUUCCUCACCCAGAGCCAGAAAGCCCAACACAGCCAUGGAGAAAUCCAAGAAAGACGACAAAGUCCAUAGAGAAUCCCUUCACCAAAAUAUCCUCGGCGAAGACAGUGAAAAUGGAGUUGAUAAACAAGAGUUGUUAGUGAAAACACACUGUCUGUUCCUUGGGGACCAGAGUACUUGCCUCAAAUGUGCGAGGCUCUGGCUUCUCUCUGUAGCUCUACAAAAAAACAAACAAGCAAACAAAAACAAACAAACAAACAAAAAAAUCCACAACCAUAAACUGUAACCACAUACUACUGGCUUUCAGGGUGAUUAUGUUAAAAAAAAAUUCUGUUGUCUUCGCUCUGCUACACUUCAGUAAAUUGCCCUCUGGAGGAGAAAACACUUUGUGAUUGUAUUUGCAUUGAAACAACCGUGAGCACCUUGCUUUGUAUUCUGAAUUAAAAUUCAUUAAGAACAGCUA